GGGCCGGUCUGACCGGUUUGGGCCGCCCCGCCUGGCGCUGUGCUGGGAGGAGCCGCCGCCAGUCGCGCGGUCAGUGCCUCCCUCCAGACUCGGGAGGGCCGAGGGGGCGCGGGAGAGAGCGCGGGCGGCCGCCGGGGCUGGUCGCCUGCAGGGAUGGGGGACGAGCGGCCCCACUACUACGGGAAACACGGAACGCCACAGAAGUAUGAUCCCACUUUCAAAGGACCCAUUUACAAUAGGGGCUGCACGGAUGUCAUAUGCUGUGUGUUCCUGCUCCUGGCCAUUGUGGGCUACGUGGCUGUAGGCAUCAUAGCCUGGACUCAUGGAGACCCUCGAAAGGUGAUCUACCCCACUGAUAGCCGGGGCGAGUUCUGCGGGCAGAAGGGCACAAAAAACGAGAACAAACCCUAUCUGUUUUAUUUCAACAUUGUGAAAUGUGCCAGCCCCCUGGUUCUGCUGGAAUUCCAAUGUCCCACCCCCCAGAUCUGCGUGGAAAAAUGCCCCGACCGCUACCUCACGUACCUGAAUGCUCGCAGCUCCCGGGACUUUGAGUACUAUAAGCAGUUCUGUGUUCCUGGCUUCAAGAACAAUAAAGGAGUGGCUGAGGUGCUUCGAGAUGGUGACUGCCCUGCUGUCCUCAUCCCCAGCAAACCCUUGGCCCGGAGAUGCUUCCCCGCUAUCCACGCCUACAAGGGUGUCCUGAUGGUGGGCAAUGAGACGACCUAUGAGGAUGGGCAUGGCUCCCGGAAAAACAUCACAGACCUGGUGGAGGGCGCCAAGAAAGCCAAUGGAGUCCUAGAGGCGCGGCAACUCGCCAUGCGCAUAUUUGAAGAUUACACCGUCUCUUGGUACUGGAUUAUCAUAGGCCUGGUCAUUGCCAUGGCGAUGAGCCUCCUGUUCAUCAUCCUGCUUCGCUUCCUGGCUGGUAUUAUGGUCUGGGUGAUGAUCAUCAUGGUGAUUCUGGUGCUGGGCUACGGAAUAUUUCACUGCUACAUGGAGUACUCCCGACUGCGUGGUGAGGCCGGCUCUGAUGUCUCUUUGGUGGACCUCGGCUUUCAGACGGAUUUCCGGGUGUACCUGCACUUACGGCAGACCUGGUUGGCCUUUAUGAUCAUUCUGAGUAUCCUUGAAGUCAUUAUCAUCUUGCUGCUCAUCUUUCUCCGGAAGAGAAUUCUCAUCGCGAUUGCACUCAUCAAAGAAGCCAGCAGGGCUGUGGGAUACGUCAUGUGCUCCUUGCUCUACCCACUGGUCACCUUCUUCUUGCUGUGCCUCUGCAUCGCCUACUGGGCCAGCACUGCUGUCUUCCUGUCCACUUCCAACGAAGCGGUCUAUAAGAUCUUUGAUGACAGCCCCUGCCCAUUUACUGCGAAAACCUGCAACCCAGAGACCUUCCCCUCCUCCAAUGAGUCCCGCCAAUGCCCCAAUGCCCGUUGCCAGUUCGCCUUCUACGGUGGUGAGUCGGGCUACCACCGGGCCCUGCUGGGCCUGCAGAUCUUCAAUGCCUUCAUGUUCUUCUGGUUGGCCAACUUCGUGCUGGCGCUGGGCCAGGUCACGCUGGCCGGGGCCUUUGCCUCCUACUACUGGGCCCUGCGCAAGCCGGACGACCUGCCGGCCUUCCCGCUCUUCUCUGCCUUUGGCCGGGCGCUCAGGUACCACACAGGCUCCCUGGCCUUUGGCGCGCUCAUCCUGGCCAUUGUGCAGAUCAUCCGUGUGAUACUCGAGUACCUGGAUCAGCGGCUGAAAGCUGCAGAGAACAAGUUUGCCAAGUGCCUCAUGACCUGUCUCAAAUGCUGCUUCUGGUGCCUGGAGAAGUUCAUCAAAUUCCUCAAUAGGAAUGCCUACAUCAUGAUUGCCAUCUACGGCACCAAUUUCUGCACCUCGGCCAGGAAUGCCUUCUUCCUGCUCAUGAGAAACAUCAUCAGAGUGGCUGUCCUGGAUAAAGUUACUGACUUCCUCUUCCUGUUGGGCAAACUUCUGAUCGUUGGUAGUGUGGGGAUCCUGGCUUUCUUCUUCUUCACCCACCGUAUCAGGAUCGUGCAGGAUACAGCACCACCCCUCAAUUAUUACUGGGUUCCUAUACUGACGGUGAUCGUUGGCUCCUACUUGAUUGCACACGGUUUCUUCAGCGUCUAUGGCAUGUGUGUGGACACGCUGUUCCUCUGCUUCUGUGAGGACCUGGAAAGGAAUGACGGCUCUCAGGAGCGACCCUACUUCAUGUCGCCCGAGCUGAGAGACAUCCUGUUGAAGGGGAGUGCGGAGGAGGGGAAGCGGGCAGAAGCCGAGGAGUAGAGAUGGAGGACCUGGAGAGGAAUGACGGCUCGGCCGAGAGGCCUUACUUCAUGUCUUCCACCCUCAAGAAACUCUUGAACAAGACCAACAAGAAGGCAGCGGAGUCCUGAAGGCCCCGCGCUCCCCACCUCUCAAGGAGUCUCAUGCCGCAGGGUGCUCAGUAGCUGGGUCUGUUCCCCCAGACCCUUGGGCUCACCCGAAGUCCUAUCACUGCCGCUUUGCCCCUCCCCAUGAGCCAGAUCCCACCAGUUUCUGGACGUGGAGAGUCUGGGGCAUCUCCUUCUUAUGCCAAGGGGCGCUUGGAGUUUUCAUGGCUGCCCCUCCAGACUGCGAGAAACAAGUAAAAACCCAUUGGGGCCUCUUGAUGUCUGGGAUGGCACGUGGCCCGACCUCCGCAAGCUCCCUCAUGCUUCCUGUCCCCCGCUUACACGACAACGGGCCAGACCACAGGAAGGACGGUGUUUGUGUCUGAGGGAGCUGCUGGCCACAGUGAACACCCACGUUUAUUCCUGCCUGCUCCGGCCAGGACUGAACCCCUUCUCCACACCUGAACAGUUGGCUCAAGGGCCACCGGAAGCAUUUCUUUAUUAUUAUUAUUUUUUAACCUGGACAUGCAUUAAAGGGUCUAUUAGCUUUCUUUCCGUCUGUCUCAACAGCUGAGAUGGGGCCGCCAAGGAGUGCCUUCCUUUUGCUCCCUCCUAGCUGGGAGUGACUGGGGUGGGAGUGUGUGUGCCCAGGUAAGGGUGUCUCCUGGCUGGGAAGGAGGGAAAGGGAGGGAGAGUUUUGCGGGGGUUGGCAGUGGAGAGCGGGCUGGAGAGGAGAUGGCUAAUAGCUGUUUAAUGGAAACCUGCUGGGCUGGAGGGAGUUAGGCUGAAUUUCCCGACUUCCUCUGCCAGUUAUUGACACAGCUCUCUUUGUAAGAGAGGAAAGAAACUAAACCCACCCAAGGGAUGAUUGCAGGGGGAGAGGUGGAGGGCAGAUGCCCUGGGCAAACCGGGCCCCUCUGCCCACACACCUCACUUGAUCCUUUUGCCAAACUUGUCAAACUCAGGGGAACUGGCUUCCCAGUUGCCCCUUUGCCAUAUUCCAAGUCCCCCUCAGACUUCAUGUCUCUGCUCAUCAGCACUGUCCCAGGAUCCUGGAGAGGGAGAACCCCUGGCCCCAGGGGAAAGAGGGGGGGGGUCUCCCGUUUCCUGUGCCUGCACCAGCCCUGCCCCCAUUGCGUCUGCACACCCCUGCGUGUAACUGCAUUCCAACCACUAAUAAAGUGCCUAUUGUACAGGUC